CAGCAGCAGCAGCAGCCGCAACAGCAGCAGCAAGAGCCGAAACCAGCCCGCAGAUACACACGGUCUCCUGGGGUCAUUAACCUGUCGCAUGUGGGAUACCUGAAGACAGGCGGAUAUCUGCGUCUGCGGGAGUUAGAAGAGCAAUCAGUUGUGUUUUUGUGUGUCUUUUUUUUUUUUUUUUUGGGGGGGUCUGUUUUUUAAAGAGGAGAAGAGCGUUUGUGUUGCCAGGGAAGAGAAAGUCCAAGCAGCCAUGACGGUUCAUCCGGUAUCUGCCACAUCACUCAACAGCCACUUCUGACCAAAUCUGAUUUAGCAAACCAAAGAUGUCAGCGUGCAGCGACUUUGCAGAACACGUGUGGAAACCCGGCUCUUGCAAGAACUGCUUCCACCCGCGUAGUGCACACCACAAGACUGUCGGCGGCCUGGAUGGCAGUGUGCCAGCCGCUUGUUUGAAGAGCAUCCUGGGAGGCGAUGAAGAAUCUGGAGUAACAGCGCAUUCACCCUACAGCAAGCCAACCAUCGCCGUUAAACCCACUAUGAUGAGCCUUGACACCAACGAGUCCAUGGCUGAUGUCAACAUGAACAUGGAGCAGGAGAACACAAAGAGCCCAGUUGAGCGUAUGGGCUUGAAGAAACUCUUGGACCUGUCGUCUCUUUACAUUGACAGUAACGGCUGCAACAAGGCCCAUAGAGAGGCCGUUCUUCAAAGUCCUGAACCCAAGAUGGACUACAACAACUGCUUCUCUCUGGCUUCCUUAUCCCCCAGCAUCCUGCCUAAAGACUCCAUGAUCAUCGGCAAUAUCUUCGUCACCCAGGAGGAGGGUAGAGGCUCUCAUAGUUUAAAGAAGAAUGCCAAUGGAGACAUCUGCAGGGAGCAGAAUACAACCACCACGAGAACCAAGAGCACUUAUAAUGGAUUCAGUGUGACUGCCAGGGGAAAUUGUCAGGAGUCCCAUCUGGCGUCGGUGGAGAUACCUUUUUCUGUGGAUAUUGUCACUUCAAGUUCUACUACAGUUCAUAGCAAUGGUAUCAGCAGUGGGAGUACUGCUGCUGUUACAACUAAGACAUCCAGCACUUCUACUACUUUCCCCACCACAUCCUUGAGUGUGGACACCAUCAGCCACAACCCUCCGCCAUCCCUCCAAUCUCCUCCCAUCAUGCCUGAUCAGACCAGCCUGUCGGACUCCUCUUGUUCCUACCGUAGUAGUACGGAUUCACUUCCUGGGGCAGAGGGGCCUGGAGGAAGACAAGUUAAGUCAGGGAGCCCCCAAAGCCCAUCGGCCAUGGGAAGCUUUCAUUCAGCUCCCAGCUCUCCUAAUGAACAACUAGACUCAGAACCCAUUUAUGCACAGAGCACCAAGAAAAAGCGCAGGCAGCAAGGAAGCGGGGUGCAAUCCAAUCUUGUGUCCCCAAACCAGACUAAGAACUCAUUCAAGGGCUCUGAGCUGUCAGGAGAGAGUCAACGGGCCACCAUCACAGUAAUGGCCGCUCACACAGAGGAGAACAGGACUUUCUACCUGAGCAGUCCGGAUUCAGCCAUCAGCACCCAAAGCCACUUCAGCCCCACAGCACGUAAAGACCCCGGAAGCCCGGCUUUCCGCUGGCCAAGCCCCAGCCACAGCCUCAGCGCACCCUCUUUGGUCCCAGAAGCCAGCCUUACCCCAACCCUUUACCCCAAGCCUCAGUCUAGCCCACCUAUACCCCCGAAAAGGACCAACCGUUCCCCCAAACUGGGCGCCUCCAGCCUCUCACCGUCCAUGUCUUCUCCCGUCCCUCUUACCGAUCUCCCCAGACUGGGCACUUCCAGCCUCUCACCGUCCAUCUCUUCACCCGUCCCUCUACCUGAACUCCCCAUGCUUUUCCUCGUCUCUGCUAGAGAGGGCCACUUCAAGGUCCACACAGAGAACCACAGCGCAGCAGUGUCUGAACGCUGGCACAAGCCCCACCACCACAAUUCUGGCUGGAACUGUCGCAUAGAGGAAGAAGAGGAGGAGGAUGAGAGAGAGCCGAAAGAGGGGCAGAAGAAGAAGAAGUUGGCUGCCAACCCGGGGACAACCUCUCGGGUGACAGGCCUGGUAAAUGGUGCUGCUGUCUGGAAGGAGGCCAGGGACCCGAAGGCCCACAGCAGCCCCCCUCCGAUGACAGAGCCAGGCACGGCCCCCCCAGCUGCCCCCAACAAUGGUGCCUGUCAGGGGGAGACUGAGGGCACCGGUGCAGAGGAGGAGGGCAAGCAUAACGGGAGCAUGCCGUCCAAGAAACCGUUGCAUGGCGGCUCAUCAGAGCUGCUGGCAGCAGGAAAUGGAGCUGCCAACAAUGAGCCCAAUCCACCACCACCCCCACCCAAGAAACUACACAGAGUGUCUGGUAAGAUGAGUGGCAGCAACAUGGAGCUGGAUCGCUGCAGCCAACAAGGGUCAGCGGAGAGUCCUACUUCAUCUCUUCGGGGCUUAGGCAGUUCCAGCCUAUCCACUGCUUCCACUGACAACCUGACUGGGGACACUGGUUAUCGGGAUGCUACGCGGAUGUCUUGUUCCUCUCCAUUUUCCAGAAGUCCAGUGGCCUCAGCUCCAGGAUCUCCACAUCCGCCGUCCUUUAACAGCUUAAGUAACCAGCCACCUCCACUCCCAGAGAAAAAAAUGGUCAACCGCACCGUGUCAGCUCCUGAUAGCGCAAACGGAAGGCCCUUCGUCCGAGCCUACCCACGACUCCCAUUCACCGGCUCGGAGAGCAACGUGUGUCGACCCGCUGAUGUUAGCUCCCGCUGCAGUUUACCGUCCAGCCCUGUUGACCAACGACCCAUGUUCUCCUCCAACGAGUCUCUGGAGCGUUGCCAUGCCCCGCUAAGCCGACCCUCGAGGUCCCGGACACUGGAUGAGCCACUGAAGACUCCGGGGCGUCUGGGUGUCCACUGCCGGAGCAGCGUCGCCUGCUCCUCUUCCCCCCAACUCAGCGUGCCCUUCUCAUCCUCAGAACCGAGUUCUACACCUAAUUUGGGCUCUAGCCUGCAGCUCCAGACCCUCCUGAGUAACAUAGACAGUAGGGAGGGAGUGUACUCCAAACUGGGAGGCCUGUACGCUGAGUCUCUGCGCCGCUUGGCUCUGAAAUGUGAGGAUCACUUCACUCGCUCCCAGAGGAACCCACUUAGGUUUGAGGAGAGCAACUGGUCUCUGUUCAGGCUCACCUCCAACAAACCAAGCUGCAACUCAGGAGAUGCUGUGUACUACUCUGCUGCCUGCGCCUCAGACCCCAGCAACUCCUACGCUGUGAAGAUCUGCAAGAGUCCGUCCAUGGAUGCCAAACAGGGCCAUCUCUACGGUCUGUCCGUGCAGCAGAGCAUGCCUCCCCACUUCAACCUCCAGCAGGACUGUGGCCACUUUCUCGCUUGUGUCCCCCAGAGCAUGUUGCCUUCUGAUGAAGUCUCUCUGCCCAACACGCCUGCUUCAUCGCUGCCUCAGCCCUCCAUGUCUGCGCCCGGUCAGCAGGUAGAACGAGAGCGAGUGGUGGUGAUCACCUCCGAGAUCCCUCGGCAGACAGCGGCUGACUUUGUUCGGGAGUGGGCUGCGUUCCAUAAAGCUCAGCCCGAAGUCUACGAGCGCCGCGUGUGUUUCCUCCUCCUGCAGCUCUGCCAUGGCCUGGAGCACCUGAAGGAGCACGGGGUCACGCAUCGCGACAUCUGCCUCGAAAACCUGCUCUUGGUGCCUCACCUCCGCAGGGCCUCCAAGUUCCCCCAACAAACCACCACUGACAAUGGCACCGGUAACGGUUCAAGUGGUGCAGACAGUCAGCGCCACCUUCCCCGGCUCCUCAUCAGCAACUUUGCCAAGGCCAAGCGUCGUUCCCCGGAAGACGCUGCCUCAACCAGUGUGGACCCGCGCAUCAAACGGGACCACGCCAGAUUGGCGCCUGAGAUCCUCUCGGCAGCCCAGUACCGUAAAUUUGACGAGUUCCAGACGGGCAUCUUGAUCUAUGAGCUCCUCCACCAAGCCAACCCGUUUGAGGUGAGUCCAGCUCUGAAGGAACAAGACUACCGGUGUGAGGAGCUGCCACCGAUCCCUUCCGUCUCCCUUUACUCCGCCGGGCUCCAGAGGCUGGCCCAGCUCCUGCUCCAACCCGACCCCAUCAAACGCAUUCAUAUCCAGGAGGCAAAGCGCAUACUGCAGAGCCUCCUCUGGGGCCCCAGGAAGGACCUGAUGGAGCAGCAGCAGCGGGAGAGGCACGGACAGGGGGUGGGCUUUGCGGACGGAUCCCGACACGAGGGCCUCCUGAACUGGCUGGAUGUGAAAAGGGCCCUGCUGAUGAUGAAGUUCGCAGAGCGCUCACUGGAACCCGAGAGGAACGCAGAGCUGGAGGACUGGUUGUGCUGUCAGUACUUUUCCUCGGCUCACCCUCUGUCUCUCUGCCACACUGCUGAGUUGCUCUACUCGCUGAAGUGAUGGCUUCCUCUAGGGUUAAAAAUGUGUGUGAGUGGAGCUGAAGUUAUGUGUGAGUGAGUGAACGAGAGAGAGAGACCAAUAAUUUCAGUUAAGUUAAUGUCUAGACACUAUGGAUGGGAGAUACUGUGAACCUAAACCCACCUGUUUGCGCUACUGCUGCUUGCAUGAGAGCCGUGCAUCAACCCAACCGUCCACUCUCUACCUUUUUACACAAACGGCAUCCAGCUACAGACUUGUCGACUUAAGCAAAUAAAUGACCUGUGAAAAAUGUGCUGUUUUUAAAUGUUUCUUGUAACAGUCACAGAUAUAUGGACUGACUCAUGAAAAGAUUCACUUACCGACUGAAAAACACUUUGUCCCACUGAUGCAUACAUCUGUAAAAAAAAAAAAAAAAAAAAAAAAAGGAAGAAUAUGAACAGUAUUCAUAAUCCUGUAAUACACUUACCAAAGUUUCAUGUAUGACACUGUAUUGUGUGUAUUUAUUAAAUAUCAAUUAUGACAUUUUACCCACUGAGCACAGGCUUAUAAUUCAUAACCGUAUUCUGUUAGCUUAUUAGCUAUGAAAAUAACGCAGCGUCAUAUCUAUGUAAAUGUGCAGCUAACUUUUUAUUUUUAAUAGAAAUAUGAGGUCCCUAGCAGACUAACACUGUUGCACCUUGUCCGUCAUGUUUAUUCAUUGGCUCAUAGUUCUGUACUGUAUACUUUGUAAACAACAAAAAUCGAAAUUUCUUGCCUGUUCCUCAGUGAAUACUGGUGUACGAGUUGCACAAUCCUGGUCACAGUCCUUGUCAGACAGCAUUGCAUAAUAAAGACUUAAUAUGAAUUAAUCAUAAGCCAUACUGUCUAACAACUCAAUAUUAAUCAGAUUGACAAAACAAGUGGCAAUGUUACAGAUUGCUUCUACUGAAUGGAUGCCCAGUUUUUCCUCAUGCUUACUUUUAGUAAAUAUUUAAAUGUUUUUACAUUUGUCACAGUGCCUUUUGUUCUUUGUAUAUGUUAAAGUGACACAGAAGCCAAAUGUAAAUAUUACUGAUCAUUCGUCCUUUGUGAAACUGGCCUUUCACCGAAUGUUCUAGAAACAACUUUGUACAGUAAUUUGUACAUGAUAUUAAAAAAGAAAUUGAUGCCAAGCAGGUCUUAAAAAUCCAUGAAUAUGAGCAGGAGUUAAAACAUAUUUAUGAUACAAUUUGCUAUCCUGUAGAAGUCACUGGAAUUUCUCUGUUUAUUUUCAUAUGUGGAUUAUCAAGUUAUUUGUUUAGUUUUUUGGCGCAGCAACAGCCGGGCCUGUUUUUUUUUUUUGCCUCCUGUACACUUCAAGUUCAUGAGUAUUUUAUCUCCAACAAAGUAAUUCUUAAUAAUGUCAAGAAUUGAACAGCCUGCACCAGGUUUUAGUCCAUGACUGACUGAUGUUUCUAAUGUUGCAGAGAAAAGAAACAUGGUCAGAUCUCACCACUAUACGUUGUUGAUUUUUAUUAUUUUGUGUGUGCCUCACCUAUUGCAACUCUUAAUAAACUGUGCAUAUAUUUUCUCACAGUA